AUGUCGCUGGCCCUCAAAUUCACUUCUCUUGCUAUUCGUACCCUUUCCAAGCCAAUAGCUAAUUUCAUCAAGAAACAAGCACGCGAGCAUGAAGGCUUCCGCCGGACCUGCAUCUCUUUCGCCCAGACUCUCCACCGAAUAGAUAUGCGAUGGCGGAUAGGUCUACUGCAAGAUGCCGCGAGUCUCGAAAGACAGAUUGCAAAAGAGCAGGCGGCGGACGCUGCGAAGAAGCAUAAACACAACAACAUCCCAACAGUCAAGACAGAAGCACAGACCAAAGCUGAAGAGGAGGCCGCCGCAAGGGCCGCCAAAGACGCACAGGAGCCUCCAAAGCCGCGUGCAAAGCCCAAGAUCCGACCUCUCUCCGAAGCCAAGGCAAUCGAGUCGGGCGCCAACUUUAUAAGCGAGGCAUUUCUUUUCAGUGUUGCGGCCGGUCUGAUUCUGCUGGAGUCGUGGCGGUCCGGCAGGAAAGCGACCCAACGGAGAGAUGAUAUCGCCGAGAGACUGAACGACCUGGAGGAGUCUGAGAAGGCUGCUCGCACCGCAUUGGUGGAGCUGGAGAGGGAGGUCCUCCGCCUGCGGGCACAAGAGAACAAUGGAAAGCCAACAGCUACAAUAAGAUUACUGCCCAAGGAGAUAUACCAAGAUAAAGAGGACGAGAAACCGGCGGAACCUACUGGUUACUGGUCACGCCUGACAUCUCUCAUAUCUUUCAAUAAGGGUGACAAGAAGGAAGCAAAGGAGGCUCUCGCAGAGAACGAGCCAGGACCUGCAGAACGGAUCCUCGUGCAGUCUGAUAAGGCGUUAGAGGAGAAGCAUAAACAACAAAAGGCCCUUGAAGACGCAGGAAAGGCGGCCACUGCUGAGCAGAAACUAAAACAAGAUACCCCCAAUUGGAAAAAGAAGUCCGAUAUGAUCCACGCGAUGUUUUCCAAGUCGCUCCGCUCUCGACCUGAAUGGCGCACGUUAGGACCUACCCUGGGUGCCUCGACAUCCAUCGACUUCCAAGAAGACCAGGCGAUCGUUUGCGAUCUUGUCAUUCCACUUGGGGGAUUCAAUCAACGGGCCACCCUCAACGUUCUCUUACUGUGGUCCUCCGAUCCCGUGGCCUCUACCGAAGAACGAAUGCGUCCAUUCCUGUUCAAGGCGGAGCAGGGGAGCGAUCACUAUGUCACCGUCGUGAUUGAUAACAAGGGCAACCCCAUGCACGCCCUUGGGAUCCUCUCAUCUCUGCAAAGCCGAAUGCUGGAUGUUUCACUGGUCCCUAUUCUCAUUGCGCUGUCGGUGGAAGGUAUCCUACCGACAAUUGAGCGAUACAUCCAAGAGCUGCACAAAAAUUACGAGAUCAAGAUACCGCCAGUGCCGAUGCCUGAAACUUUGAUCGCUCAUGCCACCAUUUCUGCCCCCGCUCAGCCGCUCUCACAGCACGAGGCCAAUGUCUUGACCGAUCUUUGUCAUUCUAUUCGCGAUUUGGAGGAAGCUACGAGGACAAGCAGUGGCAGGGAGCAAUUAGCCGAGCACCUGGGACCCGCUGUUACAAAGAAUCUUGUUGAUUUCUGGGAGGAUGAAUGGAUCAUUUGA